ACACUGCCACUAAAAGUUUAUCAGUUUUUUUAACGUAAACGGAAUUUAUUUCGUAGUGCCGAAAUGGAGAAAAUACGGAAGAAUACAAUAAAAAUAGCAUUUGGUGCGUCGGCAAAACCCCCGUUAUAUCUGGACAUCUUUAAAUUUGUCGGAAACACGUUGGCGAUUCAAGCUUCAUCUGUACAUUCUUUGUAUAAGGAUGAAAAUGAACGUUGCUGCUAUAUAAAGUUUAUAGAUGAAACUGUCUUCAACAGCUUUACAUGCAAAAUGGCCGCUGAGUACCCUUUUUCUUACGACGAUGGGACGAUGAUUACUGUAAGAUUAAAUGUCGCCAGCAAAAUUUUCCGGUACAUCAGAGUAUUCAACUUGCCGCCUGAAAUCGACGAUAAGGAAAUAGCAGCAGUCCUAGGUCAGUUUGGCACAAUUGAAGAACAGGUACGUGAAAGAUUUGCUACAAAUUCCAGCUUUCCAGUAUUCAACGGUAUUCGUGGAGUGCUUAUGGAAGUUGACAAGGAGAUCCCUGCGAAUAUUUUUAUCGCUAAUUUUAAGGUGAGAAUUUUUUACGAAGGAAUGAGAAAUCGAUGCUUCUUAUGUAAAAAUGAAGGCCAUCUCAAGGCUGAAUGCCCCAAGUUAGCUAGCUACAAAAUCGGAAAUAUGGAAUCAAAUGCACCUAGGAUAGAACCAAUAUCUUUCAGUCAAGUGCUAAAAAACGAGACGGUCGGAGCAACGAGGAACACCCGAAGUUCAACAACGAACAUGACCACCUUGUCGAUAAAAUCUAAAAAUAGAUUACCACACGAAAGCCCGAAGCAGCUUACUAGUAACGUUGCAGCCAAAAACGCACCAGUUGCUGUCAAAAUACCAUCUGUAGAAGUCAUAACCAUUGCAGAAAACGACGACGAAGAUGAACAAUCCGACGGCGUCGUUGGCGAUAAUGACGACGAAGAUGAAAACGACGAUAGCAGAAACGACGACGACGGAAGCGACGAUGACGAAAACGACGACGACGCUGAAAUGAACUCGGAAAAGGUAAUUCUUAAGCGGACCAUAUCCAGCCCCAGUACGGCUUCAGAAAAAGAAAAUAAAAAGAAGAAAAAGCCCCAAAGCAAUGCGACACCGGUUGCGUUGCCCGAGCCAUCGGUUCCGGAAACGUCUCUAAAGGACACCAAUGGACCUGGACGCCGAACCAGAGAAAAAGCAAUGAAGAUGCAGAAAAAAAUUCAGUUUUAAAUCUUAUAUUAGUUCUAAAUUUAAACAAAAUAGAAAUUGAAACAUUAAAAAAGCUUCUUCUUUCCUUUCUCUCAAA